AAAGUGCUGGAGUACCUCAACGGGUUAGGCAGCAUUUCUGGAGAACAUGGAUAGGUGACAUUUCGGCCCUUUGUUUAGGGUUGAAGAAAGCUGGAAUUGUUGCAUUGUCUGUACAUAUGACAAUUGAACACCCUUAAUUCUUGAUAUCAGCAGCUUUUCUCUCUACCUAUGCAUUUAUCUUCUACUAUCGUUCUCUUCUACCGAAUCUGGACUUUGUUUCUGUUCAUUUUGUUUUGAGAAAGUGAGGCAUUUCUUCUCUGGAUAAUAUAAUUGCAGCUUGCAACCUCGGUUACAGUGGAUGACACUGUUUGUGUUUUGGAACAGUUUUCUGUUUUUCUGAGAAAGCCAGCAUGACGUUUGCCGUGUAUAUACACACCAGUGCCAGGCCAGCAGAGGGAGGAGAGAACAGGAGAGGCGGCGCGAUGCGUCAAGGGCGAGGCGAAGCGUAGCAACAUUUCACCAGAAGCGAGUUGUCAGUUGAACCGCGGAAGCUGCAAUGAGCGGUAGAGUCGGCGACCUUAGUCCCAAGCAGGCGGAAGCACUCGCCAAGUUCCAAGAGAAUAUUCAAGAUAUUUUGCCAAAUCUUCCUGUCCAGGAUGACCACUACCUGCUGCGAUGGCUUAGAGCCAGAGGUUUCAAUCUUCAGAAAGCAGAGCAUAUGGUUCGCAAGCAUGUAGAAUUCAGAAAACAGAUGAAAGUUGAUACACUCACUACCAUCUGGGAACCUCCUGAGGUGAUGACUCGAUACUUUGCUGGAGGAAUGUGUGGCUAUGACAAAGAUGGCAGCCCUAUAUGGUAUGACGUGAUCGGCCCUUUGGAUCCAAAAGGCUUGAUGUAUUCGGCUUCUAAACAGGACUUUUUGAAAACCAAAAUCCGAGACUGUGAACUGCUACGGGAAGAGUGUAUUAAACAAUCUAAAAAGCAUGGGAAACAGAUUGAAGCAAUCACAAUGAUCUAUGACUGUGAGAAUCUAGGAAUGAAGCAUUUAUGGAAGCCAGCGGUUGAACUUUAUGGAGAGGUACUUACUAUGUUUGAGGAUAAUUACCCUGAGGGUUUAAAGACAUUGUUUGUUAUCAAAGCGCCAAAAGUUUUCCCUGUGGCCUACAACCUUAUAAAGCAUUUUCUUAGUGAAAACACUCGGAAGAAAAUUCAAGUUUUAGGUGGUAAUUGGAAAGAGGUGCUAUUACAAAAUAUUGAUUCAGAACAACUUCCUGUUUAUUAUGGUGGAACUCUCACAGACCCGGACGGCAAUCCUCGAUGCAUGUGCAAGAUAAACUUUGGAGGUGAUGUUCCAAAGUCAUAUUACAUCCUUGAGUCCAUCAAACAACAAUAUGAAAGCACAGUCACUGUUAAUAGGGGAUCAUCGUUCCAAUCUGAAUACGAGAUUCUCUUCCCUGGUUGUGUUUUGAGGUGGCAAUUCAUGACUGAGAGUGCGGACAUUGGGUUUGGUGUCUAUCUGAAGACAAAGAUUGGAGAACGACAAAAGGCUGGUGAAAUGGUGGAAGUGGUUUCCAACCAGCGAUAUAACAGUCACCUGGUGCCUGAGGAUGGAACACUUACCUGUAUGGAACCUGGAAUCUAUGUUUUAAGAUUUGACAAUACAUACAGUAUCAUUCACUCCAAGAAGGUUAGCUACUCAGUGGAAGUGCUGCUGCCAGAUAAGGGAUCGGAAGCACAGAUGGAUGGUCUUGGAAAGAAAAUAAAAUAAAUGAUGUCAAUGAAAAAUAGCAACAUCACUAUUAAAGGAAUCUGUAAGGCUAUUUUUACUAAAGAAAUGAUUUCAUUUUUGUGUGCCGCAUAGACAGUGAAUGCAAUGGCAUGUUUGAUUAUUUGAUUGAUUAUUCUCAACAAGCAGAUAUUAGUAAUGUGUACACUUUGUCCUUAAUGGGAUCUAGUUGAAUAAUCCAUGGAUGAUCAUGACCCAGUCAAAAUUGGAACAAAUAAAUGGCUGAUUGUGCAUGCUACUUGUACCAUCGAUAGGAUUAAGUGGAUAAACCCGACAAAGUUUCCUCAUCUAAGAUUCAGUAUUGACUACUAUGUGUAAUAAAUAGCUAAAUUGGUCUGGGGUUAAUGAUGUAAUCAGAUAUUUGGCUUCAGUGUUGUCCAGUACCAUAAUGUCAUACAGGAUAGAAAUGGGCCGAUCAUUAAGCACCCAUCUUUACCAAUUGCAUUCUUCUUCUCUCAUCUCCCUUAGAGGUCACACCUGGAGUACAUAUAAUCCAGUGUGGGAAGAAUUGCAAAGAUUUUUACUAAGUAGUGCAUUUACUGUCAAAUUAAAUGGGCAGUUCUUAGGUGGUCAUAAGGUAUUAAUUUUCAAUCAAAUAUAUUAUUACGAUUAGUUGUUUCAAAAUGUAGAUUAUGAAUUUCUAACUUACUUUAACAGUAAACAUAUCAUUCCAUUUACUUCUAAUUCUAGAUUAAUAGCAAACCGCUUUUCACUGACCCAUUCUAAUGCCUUUUAAUGUCCAUUAUCGCUGCCAAUAUUCAGAUGACGAAUAAUUAUCGCUGCAAUGUCACACACAAGAAAAUAAGAGCUGAAGUAGGAAACCUGGAAACACUCACGAUUCAGUAAAUCAAAGCUGAUCUAUUCCAGGCUACAACUCCUCCCACUGUGCCAUAUCCCUACAGCCUUCAAUCUUGAUCUUUUUUUUAUUAUCUACCUCCACUUUAAGUAUUUAUAUUAGGUUUGGCUCCACAGCUCUGAGGUAGAAAAUUCCAGAGAUCCACUACCCUCUGUGAGAAGAAAUGUAUUUAUAUCUUGGUUUGAAACGAUUGGUCUCAAAUUUUGAAACUCUCCCAUUAAUGAAAACAUCUUAGCAUCUACCUUGUUAUGCUCCCUUAGGAUAUUUCAAUAAGAGCACACCUCGUUCUUCUAAACUCUAAUGAAUACAGACCCAAUCUGUUUAGUCUCUCUAGAUAGGAUAAUCCCUUCAUCUUGGAGUAAACUGGUAAAUCUUUUUUGAAAGUCUUCCAUGCUACCUUGUUAAGUAAAGGGACCAAAAGUACUCCAAGUGCAACCGCACCAACACCCUGUACAAGUAUAAUAAAACGUCACUAUUUCUAAAUUUUACAAUAAAAGCCAAAUGCCAUUUGCCAUGUCACUACUUAUUGCACUUACUUUCACCAUUGGCAACACACAGUACAUUCACUUGUCUCUCAAAGACCUGACAAAUAUCAAGUAGUGCAAGUAUCUGCUACCGUUCCUUGAAAAGACUGGCUUUGUAGUGGUACCUAGUUCAUGUUUCUUAACUUAUUGCAAACAAGAAUUACAGUCUUGUGCUGAAACAUUCAACUUUCCAAUAUCCAUUUGAAUGUAAAAUAUUCAAAAAUGAAAUAUUGCAGAUGCUGGAAAUCUGAAUAUCAAAUGCAAGUCAGGUAGCACUGGAGAGAUUUAGGCUUAUGAUCUUCUGUUAAUUACCUUGAUUAUAUUAAAAUCAGGUUCCAAUCUUUUUAAUCUUUGAACAUAUUUUGAAUGAAGUUGCAACGUGAUAAAUUAUUGUCUUAAGAAUUAAAAUUCAAGGAAUAAAUCGCUCUACCUAUUGAACAAACUCUGAAAUAAGAUGGCAUUUUAAUGGGUACAUAUGUCUCUAGUUUGGGAUUAUUCUACAUAGUGGGCUCUGCUCGAGUUCAGUAGUAAUUUAAAGUUGCUCCAUUCUUUCGGAUGUUUCUCAAACAUUCCCUUUUAAGCAAACAUAAAGAUAUUUUUAUUUCCUUUCAGUUUGCUUCUUUAAUACGUAAAUAUUUAUUGCGUUUCCUCUUCCUCCCAUCGGGAAGAAAUGCUAGAUGAGGCUGAGUAGAUCAACAUGAAUGCCAGAGAUACUUUCCAGAGACUGCAGCUUGCUUGAGAUUCCAAAGGCUGCCAAGUUUUGCUUUGCACUAACAAAAAAAACUACCUUGGCAUUGAUCUGCAAUGAAUAGGCUGGCUGAGAUUGCGAAAGUUUACUCAAAUGACGUAACUGAGUCCAAACAGUGGUCAGUCAUUAAUCCCACAUUACUUGGGAAUCAAGUAUACAGUCUUUAAACUAUAGCAUGUUUACCAGUGUAGUGAAUCAUCAUAAACAUGUAACUGGCAAUUGCUUGAUAUAAAUUGGCAACAAUGUCCACCUUCCCAAGAAAAAGAGCAUUUAGGUUGCUGGUGGUGGAUCUCAGAGGAACAUUGUGAGUCAAUUUCUAAUCUUUUUGACAUUCCCAAUGGUUCUGGACUUAUUCUGGAGGAGUCUCCAAAUAUUCUUCCAAAACUACUGAGUUAGUUGAUCACACACCAGAAGUUGGGACCAGUUGAUUUGUUUUGGCCUCAUUGCUCUCCCCUUUCUUUUGCCUGUUAACCCUUGUAUCUAGGUUAAUGAUUGAAUGACCACUGGAUCAAGAUACUGAAUGAAUUUAUGAUAUCCAUGGUACAGUAUUUAGCAUGCAUCCGCUACAUCAAGAAAUUAAAAGAAAAAAAGAACAGGAGGGCAUCAAAAACUAUCACAUAACCCCAGUUUAUUAAAAUUUAAUGUCGGUAAUCAUCAUCUUUAAAUAUUAAAAAAUAUUAAUAAUAAAUUUCUAGUUCUCCUUUCACUUGCCAGGGGCACUAAUUCGGUUUAACACUUUAACUGUUCAUUUUCAACGGCAAGUUCCCUCUGCAAGGAACAACGUUUACUUUGUGUAAGGCAGUAUUUUCUUCAUUGGCAAUUACAUUCCAAAGUAACUCAAGGUUUGCUUCUGGGAUUGAGUGCAGCAGAUUUACAGUAGUUGGUUCUGCAUCAGUGCACUGGUUUAAAAUGCAAACAUGCGCUGCACACCACUGUCAGAGUUCCAUUAUUCAUAACUGUUUUCAUUCCAAUAUCUCUUCCACUUGAAGUGCCAUUAAUUUUUCAACUUAUUUAAUCAAGCAUAUGCACCUGAUAUUUAUUUGUAGAGACUGAUGCUUUGUAAUUAAAUAUACAAACGAAUGGGUAAAUUGUAACCAAGAGACUUUUUUUUACUUCUCCGGGUCUACUUUCUUACUUGACAAUAUGAAUGAAUGUAUUAAUGAAUAUCGAGUAGUUAUCUAACUUUGGUUCUUAAAAAAAUCGCAGAUAACAAAAAUUAUUUAUUUGACUUCCAAAAUGAUGAACUUGUUUCUACACCGUUCCCCCCCUUCCCAGAUCCUUAAAUGUAAUACUUACAAUUUACUUGAAUACUACUUGCAAUUGAUGUCUUCAUCAUUAUAUUGUGGUUCUGUAUUGCAAUUAUGUUGUAGUCUUUAAUGUAUUUGGUGGACAUAUAUUAGAUUAAAAUAGUUAGUUAAUUAAUAUAAAAUUAUCCACCAUAAAUUGAUUUUGGUAAAACGCCCAAUUUCAGAACUACUGCUAUAUAUUUUGAAUGAGUGUAUCUCAAUUUUACAGUCACAGGAGAGUCUGUGGUAUCUGCUGCUGUUUACAGAGAAAUAAUGUACAAUUGAAAUGAAUGAAUCGAAUAUCUGGUUUGAUUACCAGAAUAAGAAUGUGGAAGUAGAAAAAAACUAUCCAGCUGAUCUAACUGGCUCCAAUAUCCACACCUUGCAGGACCAAACCUUUCCAUGUUCGUUUGGUGAUUUUAAACUUCCACCAUGUAAAUAGGAAUAUGAAGAGAAAUAUUUUCUACAGAUGGUAUUUGGCAAAUAUAAGACAAUUCUAAAUGCAAAGAUGUUAUCUCUUAAGCUGAAUUUAGUGUAUGGCUUUUUUCAGUUUGUUUAACCAUGCCCACUGUCCAAUAAUCCUUGCAUCUGUUUACAUUUACUGUAUAAAUUUACUGUGUCGUAAGAUUAUUGAACUUGCAUUUUGGUUUGAUCGCAAAAUUUAUACUCUUCCCAUAACUCAGCAGGCUUAAAGCCUGGAAUAUUUCAAAACCAUCUCCCUACUUCCCCUCAUCUUCCACCCAUACUUUAAACUUCAGACUCAACAACCAAGGGGUGGUUGGUUCUCCUCCUGCACAGUGGGAUUUUGGGCACGAGGACAAUUUUUAUUUUGGAGCAUACAGUUAGAACUGAAAGCAAUUUAGUUGUAUCUUUAACGGGUUGGAGAUGUCUUAUUGAGAAUCAGUACAGGGUGCUGCUAUAUGCAACACAUAAUUCAGGACAUAAUUACAUAAAUGGCAUGGUGCCUUGCACAAUUCCCAAAAUGAUUAGCUGGCAUGUAAAGGUCACUGGAGUACAGACUCUGCAUUUUUUCUAGAAACCAGUUGACUCUCAAUGUACAUUGAUGGAGAGAACAAAAAGUGUUUGUUCCAUUGGAUCCAGCUUCAUGUCAGCAAUGCAAAGAGUGCCCAUAAUAUUUUGGUAAGGUCAGUGAAUUUAUAAUUGGGAUUGUAUUAACAUUUUUUUUCCUUUCUCAGAUGAAUACUUUAAUGCACUGUACAACAUACUUGAAGUGGUGUGUACUCCUCAGUUACUGUAAAGAAUUGGAAUGCUAAUUUUAUAGAGUUCCAAUUUACCACUGGAAUUGUUAAAUGUUCUUGCAUUUUUGGUGGACACUGUAUUUGCUAACCUUUGAAGUACAUCAAGGAUUAUGUGAUCACCACCCAGAAUGGGGAACUUGGGUAGCAGAGAUCACUGUCAUGGUUAGCACAGCAGCUCAUAGCUGUCCAAGUUGGGCCACAUAGCAUCGCAAAAUCACUCCUGUUCCAAAACAAUGCAACAGCAAAAUUAUUUUAUUUUCAAAUAACUUGCUUUGAAAUAAGAUGUUAUGCAAAAUCAAGUGUGUGUUCUGUGGAAAAUAAUUAAAUAAUCCAUGUACCUCA